AUAUGGGAUGAUAAAAUAUUUUUUUCAGAUUUAAAUCUUUAUAUAAUUUAUUAUCAAUAUAAAAUUGAAUUUCCUAAAAUUCAAUCACAAAUAAUUAAUGGUUAUAUAAAUUUUGAUGAAAAUUUUCUUACAAUUAAUCUUGGUCAAUUAUUUAUUGAAAAUCAUUCAAUAUAUCAAUUUAUUUCAUUUAAUUUAAUAUCAAAUAAAUUUUUUUUUCUAAAACAAUUAUCAAAUAAUCAAACAGAACUUUAUUUUAAAUCUUUUCAUCAAACAUCUUCUAUUGAAUAUCAAAUUCAUUUAACUAUUAUGGCUAUAAAAGAAUCAAUACCUGGAAUUACUUUUCAUAAUAAUAAUAAUAAUACAAAAAUUUUCUUUCCAUCAACAGAAAAAUUUCAAACAAUUAAUAUUCAUCUUUGGCCUAUUUAUCGUCAAAUGUUAGAACAAACAAUAUCAUUAAUAAUAAAUAUUAAUCCUAAUAUAACAUAUGAACAAUUUAUUAUUUAUAAUUUACCAAUUGUACGUCAAACUUUAGCUCAAAUUAUUGAUGUAAAUAUACAAUAUGUUCAUAUUUAUACAUAUGAAUUAAAACAAAAUCACAUUGAAUUACUUAUUGCUAUAUUACAUUCAACAUCACAACGUUAUAUACAUAAAGAAAUACUUUAUAAUAAAUUAAAAAAUUCAACAAAUAUUUUUGAUAAAAUUCUUUUUAAUCAAUGUCAAUCAAAUUCAUGUGAAAAUAAUGGUAAUUGUACAAGUUAUAUAAGUUUAUUAUAUAAUCAAUAUAAAUAUAUUUAUUAUAAUAUAUAUCAACGUUUAAUACCAAAAUAUCAAUGGAAUAUAAAAUGUUUAUGUAAGAAUUAUUAUUAUGGAGAACGUUGUCAAUUUAAAUAUACUAAGCAAUCACCAUGUUUAUCAAAUCCUUGUUCAUCAAUGGAAAAAUGUAUUGAAGAAAAUUCAACAUUAUAUUCAUGUCAAUGUAUAGAUAAAUUAUGUAAUUAUAAUAAUAUUCUUAAAGAAAAUUCAUUUCAAUGCAUCAAUAUCAAUUCACCAACAUGUCGUGAUUCAUCGAAUACAUUAACUUUCAAUGGUUAUAGUUUAAUUCGAAUGAAUAUAACCAUGAAUAUGAUACAACAAAUAAAAAUAACAUUAAGUUUUCGUACACAAUCAAUUGAAGGUAAAUUAUUUAAAUUAAUUUAUUUCAAUGAAAAAAUUAAAAUAAUUCUACAAAUUAUUGAUGGUUAUAUUAAUAUGAAAUUUAAUGAAAAAAUUCUUUUACAAUUAAAUCAAACAUUAAUUAAUGAUGGUCUAUGGCAUGAUAUUUAUUUUUCAAUAGAUUAUAUUCAUAAUUAUUAUCUUCUUCGACUUGAUCAUAUAUUUAGUAAUAAAAUAAUUUUAUUAAAACAAAUUCAUUCAAAUAAUCUUAAACAAUUAAUAAUUGGUAGUGAUUUUAAAGGUUGUUUAGGUAAUCUAACAUUAAAUAAUCAAAUGAUAUUUCUUCAACAACAAAAAUAUAAUAAUAAUAAUAAUAAUUCAAUCGAAUUUAUUGAUACAAAUAAUGGUUGUUUAUUAUCGGAAAUUAUUCAAGAAUAUCCUAAUAAUGAUGAUUUUUGUUCAUUAUAUCAUCCAUGUUAUCAUGGUGGAAUAUGUAUAAAUCAUGGAUUAAAUUUUACAUGUAAUUGUUCAAAACCACGUUUUACUGGUCAUCAAUGUCAAUUAGAUUUAUAUCCUUGUGAAAGUUAUCCAUGUCAAUUUCAUGAAAAAUGUAUACCAUUAUUAUCAAAUUCUAAUCAAUUAUUUACAUGUGUUAUAUUACUUGAAUCUUUAUCAAUAUCAAUAAAAAAAUAUUUAUAUAUUGGAUUAAUUAUUCCAUUAUUUAUAUAUAUUUUAUUAAUAUUAAUUAUUUAUUAUCGUCAAAAACGAAAAGAAAAUUUUAUUAAAACUAAAUCAUUCGUUUCAGCACCAUUACUUAUUCAUAAACGAUCAUCAAUAACAGAUCGUAUUGAAAAUCCAAGACAAACAUUACAUAAAUUAAAUUAUAAUGGAAAACCAACAAUUGAAACUAUAACAUUUGCAGAUAAUAAUCAUAAAAAUUCAAUAAUAAAUUAUUUAAAUAAUAGAAAUAAUCAUCAAGCAUACAAAUCGUUAAAUCGUCGUUCAAAUAAUUCAAAAUAUUAUGCAACUACUGAACAAAUGCCUAUACGAUCAGAUGAUUUUCUUGUUCAUGAUAAUUCAACUGGUUAUGAUAACACAUAUAUUCCACUAACAACAGAAUUAUUUGAUUUUUCAUUAUCACCGACGCAAUAUUUCAAUAUUCAUAAGACACAUAAUCAUAUAAAUUAUCAAAUACGUUUAAAUUCCUUAUCUGAUUUAACAGAAAAUGAUCUUGAUUUAACUGAAUCAUCAAAUACAUCUUCAAUAACAAACCGAGAUCGUAAAUAUUCUUGUCAUACUAAUCAUAAGAAUAUAUCUACAUCAAUAUCAUCAUUACCAAAAGUACCUAUCUAUGCAAGAAUCGUCAAGACACCUAGAGUAACAAAUACGACUAUCAAUACUACCGAACGUAAUCGAUUAAGUAGUUCAUUCACUUCAGCUGCAACAUCACUUCUACAACCAAUCGAAAACGAUGGUAUUGAAACAAAUGAAUCAACAAUGAAAGUAAUACCAAUAAAUCAUUUAAGACAAACAAGUGAUUCUAAUGUUCAAAAUAAUAGCAAAAAAUCAAAUAAAUUAUCUUCUUUCUUUCAAACUGAUGUAUAA